AUGGCCAUGAACAAAAAGUACCUAUCGGAUGAAGAAACUCAGGAGUUUAAAAAACACGCCCUGAUUGCUUAUCAACGACCUGUUGCUUAUUUGGAAAAGUGGUUCCAGUUCGAAAACUUGGUGUUCAGAAGCUUCAGUUGCUUGGACCUUGAACGCGGUCAACCAACUCAGGACCAACUAAUUGAAUUGUGGACUCUAACGAGAAGCAACGACACUCCACCGGAAGCACUCUACUCAGAGUUGGCUAUACUUAGUAGUGUUUACCAGUCUCUGGAGGGAAAGUCAGAGGAUAUGUGGUGCAGCUUUUUUAGUAAAGAAUCAGCGCCAAAUCUUCUCAAAUUGGUUCAACAUGUAUGCAGCAUUCCUGUAUCGAACGCCUUCGUCGAGCGCAUUUUCAGUGUGUGGGGAAUAUAA